AUGCUAUCUCUAACCGCUAAAGAGGAACUGAAAUUUAAUUCAGCUUCGUUAUGCCAUAUUUGUAAGUCACCGUUUGAUGGUUUUAAUCAGAAUAAGGUUCACGACCAUUGUCAUAUUACCGGCAGAUUUAGAGGUGCCGCACAUUCAACGUGUAACCUUAAUUUCAAACUCCCUAAUUUCAUUCCGAUAUUUCUUCACAAUUUUAGCGGGUAUGAUUCACACUUAUUCGUAAAGGAAUUAGCUGAUAUCGAUUCGGAGGGUGGUAUCGAUGUUUUACCCAACAACAAGGAAAAAUACAUUAGCUUUAGUAAAAACGUUUUACUAGUAGAUCGCGUUAAAAAACAGCACAAAGAUGAUUUUGAAAACGUCUACAUGAAAAUGCGCUUUGUAGAUUCAUUUAGGUUCAUGGCAUCCUCUCUCGAUUCGCACGCCAGCAAUCUUGUGGAGGAUGACUUUAUCCACGAUAAAAAAUUUUUCAUACGUCACGAACAGUUUAAAUUGUUAACAAGAAAGGGUAUUUUUCCUUAUCAGUAUAUUGAUUCUAUUGAUAGAUUGGGUGAAACAUCAUUACCCUCUAAAGAUGCUUUUAUGAAUAAGCUGAUCUUCAAUGGUAUAAGUGAAGAUAAAUACAAUCAUGCGCAAACCGUUUGGCGUACAUUCGGGUGUCAAAAUUUACGUGAGUAUUCUGAUCUAUAUCUAAAGACCGAUGUAUUUUUACUUGCAGACAUCUUUGCAAAGUUUCGAGAGGUUUGUUUUAGUACUUAUGGGUUAGACCCUGCCCAUUAUUAUACAGCGCCAGGUUUAUCUUGGGAUGCUAUGCUUAAGUUCACGCAGAUCAAACUCGAACUUUUAACAGAUAUAGAUCAGGUACAUUUCAUUAAAAAGGGAAUUCGCGGGGGCAUCUCGUUUUGCGAUCAUCGUCACGCUAAGGGAAAUAAUAAAUAUAUGACCGAUGGUACUUCCAACACCGAUUUACCUUCAAAUUAUUUAAUGUAUUGGGAUGCAAAUAACUUCUAUGGAUGGGCAAUGUCUCAAUAUAUGCCCGUUAAUGAGUUUGUUUGGUUGGAUGCGGCCCAAAUUGGAAGUUUCGAAUUUAGAAACGUAUCCGAUACCUCAGAUUACGGGUAUAUAUUGGACGUUGAUAUUGAAUAUCCGCGCGAAUUACACGAUUUGCAUAACGACCUACCAUUUCUAGCCGAAAAUAUAUGCCCGCCAAACUCUAAAAGCGUAAGCGAUAAAAGACUUAUUCCAAAUUUAUUUAAUAAGAAAAAUUAUGUAAUUCAUUAUAGAAAUUUAAACCAUGCCGUCGCUCACGGUCUUAUAGUUAGAAAAAUUAAUCGUAUUUUAUCUUUUAAACAAUCAGCUUGGCUUAAACCUUACAUCGACGUUAACACACAUUUACGUCAAACUGCCAAAAAUAGUUUUGAAAAGGAUUUUUUUAAAUUAAUGAACAAUGCGGUUUUCGGUAAAACUAUGGAAAAUGUAGAUAAAAGGGUCGAUGUGAGGUUAGUGACAAGUUGGGAGGAUAUACGUAAGAGAACGGGUAGACCAAAAUUAGGGGCACGUAGUCUGCUAAAUUAA